AUGACCCAGCUCCUAGAAGAGUCAAAAACAAAAAUUAAAAGAGAACGUGAAGAACACGAUUUAAUUAUGAGCCAAAGAAGAGAAGAACAUGCCAUUAAGAUGAAGGUUUUAGAAUUAGAUCUUAAAAUAAAGAAAAAACAAUUAAAAAACUUCAGAUUUCAGACUUCAGAUUUCAGAUUUCAGACUUCAGAUUUCAGACUUCAGAUUUCAGACUUCAGAUUUCAGAUUUCAGAUUUCAGAUUUCAGACUUCAGAUUUCAGAUUUCAGAUUUCAGAUUUCAGAUUUCAGAUUUCAGAUUUCAGAUUUCAGAUUUCAGAUUUCAGAUUUCAGAUUUCAGAUUUCAGAUUUCAGAUUUCAGAUUUCAGACUUCAGAUUUCAGACUUCAGAUUUCAGACUUCAGAUUUCAGACUUCAGACUUCAGACUUCAGAUUUCAGACUUCAGAUUUCAGACUUCAGACUUCAGACUUCAGACUUCAGACUUCAGACUUCAGACUUCAGACUUCAGACUUCAGACUUCAGACUUCAGACUUCAGACUUCAGACUUCAGACUUCAGACUUCAGACUUCAGACUUCAGACUUCAGACUUCAGACUUCAGACUUCAGACUUCAGACUUCAGACUUCAGACUUCAGACUUCAGACUUCAGACUUCAGACUUCAGACUUCAGAUUUCAGACUUCAGAUUUCAGACUUCAGAUUUCAGAUUUCAGACUUCAGAUUUCAGACUUCAGACUUCAGAUUUCAGACUUCAGACUUCAGAUUUCAGACUUCAGAUUUCAGACUUCAGAUUUCAGACUUCAGAUUUCAGACUUCAGAUUUCAGACUUCAGAUUUCAGACUUCAGAUUUCAGACUUCAGACUUCAGAUUUCAGACUUCAGAUUUCAGACUUCAGAUUUCAGACUUCAGAUUUCAGACUUCAGAUUUCAGACUUCAGAUUUCUUUAA